AAAAAAAAAAAAAACAGAGAAACCCCACAGUAAAGAAAGGAGGAAAACAGUCACAUAUCAAUGGCCAUAUUACAACCACCUUAGACAAAACCCCUCUUUAGAUAUUUUCUUCUUCUGCUUCUCCUUCUCUUUUCCCGUUUCCACGUUAUAACCACCACCCGUUAAUGAAUGCUCUUCUUUAUUAUCUUUCCCUUUCAUUUCCCUUUUCUUAACGGCUACUUUAAUUUCCUUCUGUGUGUUUUAUAAUAACCAAAAACAACUCCUCCGAACCCGUUUCUCAUUUUAAAUAGACGAACAAGAAAGCUAGUUCAGUAGUGUCUGCUUUGAAGGAUGGAUUUCAGUUCAUUCUUGACGUCUUUAGCGACGUCUUUUGUGAUCUUUGUUAUUUUGAUGCUGCUUUUUACAUGGUUAUCCAGGAAACCUGGAAACGCUGUCGUUUAUUACCCCAGUCGGAUCUUGAAAGGCUUGGAUGCCUGGGAGGGAGGGUCCCGGACUCGGAAUCCGUUGGCUUGGAUCUGGGAAGCGUUUUCUUCAACCGAACAGGAUAUCAUUAAUGUGUCUGGUGUCGACACUGCUGUCUACUUUGUGUUCUUGACCACUGUGUUGUCCAUAUUGGUUUUAUCCGGCCUCGUUCUUCUACCGGUUCUUCUCCCUGUUGCUGCGACUGCUAGAACUCUUACAACCGUAAAUGGUACAAGUAAGGGAACUUUCAAUGAUCUUGAGAAGUUGUCCAUGGGACAUGUUGAGGAGAAGAAUCCAAGGCUGUGGGCAUUCCUGAUUGCUGCCUACUGGGUUUCUUUUGUUAGUUAUUUCCUGUUAUGGAAGGCAUACAUUCAUGUGUCUGGACUGAGAGCUAAUGCACUAAUGUCUCCUGAAGUGAAACCAGAGCAAUUCGUGGUUCUUGUUAGGGACAUACCUCCUGUUACUGAGGGCCGAACUAGAAAGGAACAGGUGGAUUCAUAUUUUAAAUCCAUCUACCCUGAAACAUAUUACAGAUCAAUGGUGGUCACAAACAAUAAAGAGGUUAACAAAAUUUAUGACGAGUUGGAAGGAUACAAGAAAAAGCUUGCACAUGCAGAAGCCGUAUAUGCUGAGUCCAAAACAUUGGACAAACCUGAAGGAACAAGACCAACCACAAAAACAGGUUUCCUUGGCCUCGUUGGUGAAAAAGUAGACAGUAUAGAGUACUAUAACGAGAAGAUUAAGGAACUAGUCCCCAAAUUAGAAGCUGAGCAAAAAGUUACACUAAGAGAAAAGCAGCAAGCUUCUGCUCUGGUCUUUUUCACAAGCAGGGUGGCAGCAGCUUGUGCAGCUCAGAGUCUACAUGCCCAAAUGGUUGACAAAUGGACUGUCAUAGAUGCUCCUGAACCUCGUCAACUCUUAUGGACUAAUUUCACAAUUAAAUUUUUUGAAAGGGAAUUACGACAGUAUGUGGUAUACGUUAUUGUGGCUCUAACCAUAAUGUUUUACAUGAUACCAAUUGGAUUUAUUUCUGCACUAACAACAUUGGACAAUCUGAAGAAAUUUCUCCCAUUUCUAAAGCCAGCUGUGAAUAUUGCUGCAAUCAAGACAGUAUUGGAAGCCUACCUCCCUCAGAUUGCACUCAUUAUCUUUUUGGCAAUGUUGCCUAAACUGCUUUUAUUUCUAUCCAAGGCAGAGGGAAUUCCUUCAGAGAGCCAUGCAAUAAGGGCUGCAUCCGGAAAAUACUUUUAUUUUACUGUAUUUAAUGUUUUUAUUGGUGUUACACUUGGUGGCACACUAUUUAGCACAUUCAAACAAAUUCAGAAGGAUCCAGGUUCUCUUGUUACUGUGCUAGCAGAUAGCCUUCCAGGGAAUGCAACUUUCUUUCUGACCUAUGUGGCUUUGAAGUUCUUUGUUGGAUAUGGACUUGAGCUAUCCCGCCUGGUUCCUCUAAUCAUAUUUCAUUUGAAGAGAAAGUAUCUUUGCAAGACCGAGGAUGAGUUAAAAGAGGCUUGGGCUCCUGGAGACCUUGGGUAUGCCACUAGAAUUCCUAGUGACAUGCUUAUCAUCACAAUAGUUUACUGCUACUCUGUCAUAGCUCCCCUAAUUAUUCCAUUUGGGGUGGUGUACUUUGGCCUAGGAUGGCUUGUUCUACGAAAUCAGGCACUUAAGGUCUUUGUUCCAUCCUUUGAGAGCUAUGGAAGGAUGUGGCCCCAUAUUCAUAUGCGUGUCCUCGCUUCUCUAUUAUUGUUCCAAGUCACAACAUUUGGUUAUAUGGGUGUGAAGAAAUUCUACUAUGCACCAUUUCUAAUUCCACUUCCCAUAAUUUCAUUGAUAUUCUUCUUCGUCUGUAAGAAGAAAUUCUACCGAUCUUUUUGUAACACAGCUCUUGAAGUUGCUUGUUGCGAGCUGAAGGAAGUUCCUAACAUGGAACAAGUUUUCAGAUCAUUCAUCCCACCAAGCUUGAGCUCUGAAAAGGUUGAUGAAGAUCAGUUUGAAGAUGCAUUAUCACAAGUUUCAAGAAUGGGAUCAUUUGCAGCUUGAUGUGCAUUUCUGUAUUUUCACUUCCCAUGUUUUGAAAAUCUUGCAGCAGAACUUCUGUAUUUCCACUUCGAACUUCUGUAUUUCCUCUUCUGUUCAUAUUUUAAGUUAGAAAGGGAUCAUUCAUUAGUUGUUUGUACCAUAGGAAGUCCUUUCCUUAUUCUCUUUUUUGUUUGGUUUUUUGGUAGUUUUUGUUUGGAUGUUAUGUAAAGCGAUCCUGUUUUUAAUGUUAUAGCAUAGUUAAAUUUGAUGCAAGAAUUUUAUUUGCACUA